AUGGAUUACCUUCUUGACAAGUAUUUUUUCGAUUAUCUGCCGUUUGGUAUUGAUCAAGAAACGAAAAAAACAGUAACUUCAAAAGCUUUCGACGUUGCUGAUUGGGCGUGUAAAACGCAGGACAUCAGAAAAUUGGCUGCAAAUCACACGAGCUUUUUGGCAGCAGAAGCCGUGUUUCUGCUUUUGUAUAUUUUCACUCUGUUACAUGCCUUUCGUCAUGGAUCGCGGUACUUGUUUACUUGGCUCGGAAUUGCUGUUGCUGCCGUUACUAUCGAGUCUUUACGGUUUAUAAAACCUAAAUGGGAUGUUGUCUGGCAUGCACAGGGGACUGUGACUUACUUGGGCAUGAGAGUGCCAUUUUACUUGUUUGGAGUAUAUCAGUUCGCUUUUUACGUCGCUUAUGUCUUUGCAAGAAGGCUAUAUUUUCAAUGGUGGGCUGAAGGGCCUGCUGCUGGCUUGAUCGCAGUAAUACUCCUUUACCCGUUGAAUCUUUUUGGGGCAAAACUUCUUUGGUUUCAAUGGCAUGAAAGCGAUGUAGCAGUGAUUGAUAGGUGGAUGUGGGUACCUUGGACAUCGCUCUUAUUCAUUGCUCUCGUUUCCUGUUCCUUUUUAUCUAUCUUGCACUUCUUUCGUCGUCUCGCCUUGUCUGAAGAAUACGAUUGGAAAUUAUUUAUGCGGGAAGGUUUUUGUGCGUUUGCUGCUGGUAUAUUAAGCGUUUUCAUUGCUGCCGGUCAUUUUUUAAGUUUUUAUUUCUGUAGUGAUUUUUUAAUAAUACGAUCAGUUAUAGAUAAAAUCCUGUUUUGGUUUGACGAAUUGUUUUGUGGGCUUGCCAUAAAUUACCUGUUUUUUAUGGUUCUGCCGUUCGUAACUGAUCCUGAAGCUAUUGUUGCCGAGGGACUUCACCAACCAAUUUUUUUGUGCAAUGUUACAGAACAUUACAAUUCUAUUUUCGGAACUGAUAUUAACCGGAGGAAGUACCUUUGUCCAUAUAAUCGAGAUGAAACUUGUUUUGAUUUUCACUGCUUACCGGGAGGUCAUCCUUCAAUUAAUGAAAAUAGCGAUCCUCUCGAGUGGUAUUUGAUCUGUGGCAAGGAUUACAGUAACAGAUGGGAAUACAUGCUACUAAUUUGGUCCUUUUCGUUACUUUCUUUUGGCGCCUUGUAUCAAAUCGCUUCCAAGUCUGGACCUUCUCCUUUAGAUAUUGUGAAGGUACAAAUUUCUUAA